CCGAGAUAUUGGUUUAAUAAGUGUUAAGGAUGUCAGCAUAAAUUAUCGCGUGAUUUAACACCUCUUGGGCGAUGCACUGUAUAUAAUGCUAGGCUUUGUUAGCAAGAAUCAGAUCAAAUUCAACUUCUGUGGACCUAACAUCUUUUGUACGAAAUAGAUUUACAGUGCUCUAAAACCAUGGCUGAUUCUAUCCAAGACAGUCAAUCUCGUUCAACGCCAUUGUGUACUGUGUCUCCAGGGUCAUCGAGUCGGUGUUCAACUCCAAGUUCUGCAACUUCCUCGUUGAUCUCACCGCUACCAAGUGCGAGUGAUAAUGAUGAUUGCAGCCGAGACGGCAGUCCGAGUCUUAGUAACUCAUCGUCCAGUCUAAACGGUGAUAGCAAAAGGAAGAGAAUUAAUAAAACCAGUCGUGCCCGACGAACCUCUUUCUAUGCCUACCAACUCACUGGACUCACGCAAGUAUUUGAUCAGGAACAGUAUCCCGACCCCGCUCAGCGCCAAAAAAUAGCAGAUGCAUUGGAGUUGGACUUUGAUACAAUCACGAGAUGGUUUCAAAACCGACGUGCUAAGUACCGACGCGACAGGAACAAUGUAGUAGCGGUGAAGGAGGAACCGGUGCAUGAAUCUGUCAUGCCAGUCGAAGAAAAAGAGCAAGGGACAACAACACCUCCACCACCCCCUGUCGCUUCUACAGUAAGCUCGUUUGCCAUGGAUUCGAUUCUCCAGCCUUCGCCGCCUAGUCGACCACAUUCUAUUAGUAAAGAAUCCUAUGCAGAAGAUGCAGAUCCGCCAGCACCCGGUGUUAAUAGUUACUAUGAAUAUCAUCCAUAUUAUUACCCAGCAUAUAUGUAUCACUACUACCCUGUUGUUCCUGCACAUUCUCAAGGCAUGGUUUCCCCCAAGACAAGAGGACCAAAUUCGGGACCACCGGAGCAACCUUUAGAUUUAAGUUGCAGUGAAAAGAAGCGAAAAUGUGACGACAAAGAAAACGCGGAGCCGGCAUCCAAAAGAAGAAAAGUAGUGGAAGAUUGCAAAUCGGAUUUUACGCCAACAAAAACAGAGAUUGCACCAGCAAUAAAAUACGGGCCACCACAGGAGACGUCAAAAAGAGACAGUAUGUAUUAUUCGAAGUUGCGAUCAAUGUACAACCCAUCACCAUACUACAAUCCAGUUGCGUAUAACUACGGAAAGUACCAAGAUAUUGUGCGACACGAUUUGGCCACCCCUGGAUUUGUUCCGAUGACGUCGACACCGGUACAUUCCUUAGAAUAUGGUAGACCAUAUGGUUACCAGUAUUAA